AUGCCUUUUUUGUGUUUGUAUAGAAAAAAUAUACCGAAAGUUUUAGAACAUUUUUCUGACCGCCACCACAGCUACGCCGCUCAAAACGAAAAAAUGCCAGGGAUCUGGUCGAGGCUUGGUCCCCUGACGCUGAUAUUCCAUUUCCUCCUGCUGAUGCACGGCGUAGAGGUCUCCUCUCAAAACGAGAUCGCUUGCCAAAGUUGCAGUUCCCGGAGAAGCAGUGGGUUUUGUGCUGUAAGGACUCUUGAAGACAUCCUAUUAAUUCCAGAGACUUGCCCGAACGAGGUGCUUGACCUAAGGGGCACCGUAUAUAUUCUCUACGACGUUAACAUUUCCGAGGGUUUCAACUUGCGCCGGGAUGUUUACAUUCGUUUGGCGGUGUUUGUGCACCACUUGCAGAGGAGCAAGAGAUUCCGCAAGGUUCGCCUGGUCCUGCCGCCGUGGCCAAGGCUAUAUCACUGGCAUUCGCAGGGUUUGCAACAGGAAGCAUUGCCCUGGAGUCAUUUUUUCGACCUGGAUAGCCUGCGGCGUUACGCGCCCGUACUGGACUAUGAGGAGUUCCUGGACGAGCAGCGAAUUUUCGGCAAUCCGGGCGCCCCAUUGGUCCACGUGACUCACGCCUUUCGACUACAGCACUACGAUGUUAUGCUGGAACAAGGUAUCUUUAAAGACAAGUUCGAGCGCAUCGCUGAUAAGCCGUGCAGAAGUGAUUCCUUAACAGGCGGACCAUUACUGCGGCAGCCAGAGCUGCGCAUCGACCGUUUUCACUGCGUGCAAUUCCAGGGCAGUGCACGUCUGCUGGAGAAGCUUCUCCGCUCGGCGAUCGAUGAAGACACAGCGGGCUUGGAGGAUGCCGAUGACAUGCGCACAUACGCACUGCUUAGCGCGGAGACUGUGCUUCACGACCACUGGGGCGACAUACAUUUUUGGCGGGCCCGACGCUCAAUGCGAUUCGCCCGUCGCCUUAGCCAGGUAGCCGCCGACUUCCGGCAAAAGGUUCUGGCCACCGUAGACGCCGGGGUUCAGAGGCCGGCAAUGUGGGAGCUGGAACGCCCAAAGCGGAAUGCUAUAGGCGGAAAUUAUCUGUGCGCCCAUCUUCGGCGAGGCGACUUUUUGCGCUCGCGGGAGGCGACCACGCCCAGCUUGAAGGCAGCUGCUCAACAGGUAAAGCAGCUUCUGCGCACGUUUAACAUGACCACCGUGUUCCUUGCCAGCGAUGCCACGCCAUACGAGCUAAUGGAGUUGAAGGAGCUUUUUAAACGCUUCCGCUUCGUGCACUUUACACCUGAGUCAAACGCCCAACGACGGGAGCUAAAGGAUGGGGGCCUGGCUGUGGUGGAUCAGCUAAUUUGCGCAUACGCACGCUACUUCGUGGGAACCUACGAAAGCACUUUCACGUACCGCAUAUAUGAGGAGCGUGAAAUUCUGGGUUUUAGUCAGGCCAGUACCUUCAACACCUUCUGCAAGGUGGUCGGCGGAAGGUGCCCGCGUAACGCAGUCUGGCCCAUCAUGUGGGGAGAUAGCGAUAUCGGCAGCUAUAACGAGGAAGACAAUGAAUCUGAUCAGUACUAAAAAACAUACAUAUGUAUGUAAAUAUAUGCUGCCGCUGGGCACUCGCA